UAGUUCUACCUGAAGACCAUGCCGGGCUUGUACUGCCUGCCAGCUUGGACCACCCUGCCUCUACAGAGCUCAUGUGUGAAGGCCUGUGCCAAUGGGUAUUCCCUGGGACUCACUGUUCACCUUACUUACAUCAACUUCGAGCAGCAGCCUGUAGAAGGAGUAUUCGUUUAUCCCCUGGAGGAGUCAGAGGUGAUCUCCAGCUUUGAAGCUGUGACAGGAAGCAGAACCUUCACCUUCCAGAUCCAGAACCGUCCCCGGGUGGAGGACUGCUGCCUUGACUGUACUGCAAGUUGGAACCAGCCACUCCGCUGCACUAACGGCCACUUGGUCCUUGAUGAAGACUUAGCUCGUUCUACUUUCGUCAUCAGCACAGGUCCUAUUGGGCCUUCAGAAACCUUGACUGUGAACUUCAGCAGCAGCCAGGAGCUGGCAACUCUGCCGAGCGGUGCAUUGCGUGUCCUCUUCCCAUCUGUGCUCACGCCCUUCAUCGUAUCCAUUCCCGAAAGUGAAAGUGAGGCAGGAGGCUUGUGUGACGACAGCCCCACCAGCUGCUUUGGAUCCACUGGUCUGAAGAGUGAGCAGUCUUUCCUCAUGCCUCCCGAGGACACCGACAUCUUCAGGGGUGAGGUUUACAACCCCUUUCCCUACGAGUUCACCUUUGAGAUGCUGGUUAAGGGGCCCUGUUUGCUGGCAGGAUUGGAGAGCCCUUCACACGCGCUUCGAGCUGACGCGAAUCCUUACGCUACCUCUGCCUCAACAAUAUGCAUUACCUUGGCAGAGAAGCACAGAUGUGACAGGAAACUGGAGAUUAUCUUGUAUCCUUGCGAACCUCAUCAUCCACACCUGAUCAUCGAAGAGGGAACUAUGACGUAUCACGAAUAUGAGGCGCACAUAAGGAACCGUCGGGAUUAUGCACGUAUCGCCAAAAAAGACAAUGAUGGGGAGAGACAGGUGGCCUUUGUCCAGAAGAGGUUCCACAAGGACAUCUUCCACAAUCCUGUCCUGAUGCUGAAUUUCUGCCCUGAGAUGGGCAGCAUUUCCACUGAUUUCCAGACUGUCACUCGGGAAAUGCUCUUCCUCAUUGACCGGAGUGGAAGGAUGACAGGCCCUGGCAUUGAUGGGAUCAAGGAUGCUCUAUUGGUGGCUGUGAAGAGUCUCCCUCCUGGCACCUUGUUGAAUGUUGCUGGCUUUGGCUCCAACAUCAAGCCUGUCUUCACCACAAGCAAGCCCUGUAAUAGUGAGACCCUCAGGAUGGCCUGUGAAUACAUUCAGAGACUACGGGCUGACAUGGGUGGACCCAACCUCCUGGCUGCUCUGACGUGGAUGCUGGGUCAGCCUCUUCACCGCGGGUAUCCGCGACAGCUCUUCCUCUUCACGGAUGCCAGUGUUGGUAACACAGGCAAGGUCAUUGAGCUGGUCAGGAGGCAGGCGAGCACGGUCAGGUGUUUCACCUUUGGCCUGGGCUCUGGUGCCUGCCGAAGACUCCUGAAGGGAUUGGCAAAGGUGAGCAGAGGUCGGGCUGAAUUCCUAAGCCCAGGUGAAAGACUGCAGCCAAAGCUGAUAAAGUCUUUGAAGAAAGCAAUUGAGCCAGCUGUGAGUGACAUCACAAUAGACUGGUAUGUGCCUGACACUAUGGAGGCCCUGCUGUCGCCCAAUGAGAUCGCAGCCCUAUAUCCCGGAGACCGGCUCAUCAGCUACUGCACCCUUUACCACAUUGCCAGCUUUCGGGACAAGAAGGCAACAGGCAGAGAACGGAUGUGUCGGAGUCUUUCUAGAGGCUCUACGGGUUCGGUGUUCCCAUCCCAGGAGGAAGGGAUAGGACAAGGAGGAACUCAUCCACACCCAGCUGUGGAGAGUCAAGACAUUUGUAGAGCCCUUCACGAAAUUUCCCAUGAGAUAUCCCUGGAGUUCUCAGCUGAGGGCACAGAAGACUCCAUGAAGAGUGGGGAUCCUGUGUCAGGAGGAGACAUCUGGAAGCGGAUUUACCGGCCCUCCUACAUCCAAGAACAGUAUGUGCUCACCCACUGCUCGGUCAGCACCGACCACAGCCAGGGCUUGCUCUCUCACAGCUCCACCAGCAGUGAGUCCACCGGUUCCAGAGAUGUCCCUCCAGAAGGAGGCUCCUUAGCCCAGACUCUCGAAGGCAGCUCUCAGCAAGGCCAGAAGAGUGUCUCACUAUGCAAUUCCUCCACCAAGUCUGCUCCAAUCCCCCAGGCUCAGCCGGGUGCUGGUACUAAGGUAUCCACAGCCUUGAGCUCUGAGGAGUUGGCGCGAAGGAAGACGGCACUGGCCCGAGCUGCCCUGUCUGGGCGGAGUUUCUCCUCCCCACAUGGCGAGUUGGACGCCCAUCGGUUGCGCCGGGCCCUGGAGAAAGUAUCCCAGAAGCGGAACCGAUCUCUCGAAGGGAAACUAGAUGAGAUCGGGCCUGAGUUUCAGAAGUUGCGCAGGAGCCUUGCUGAUUCAAGCAACUUGCUGUCACCAGCCCACCUGGACUGGGACACACUUUUGGAGCCCCCGUACCUUUUCAGCCCAUCGCCGGCAACCGAGCAGGGAGAGUGCGAAGGCAGCUCCUGGCCGCCUCUUCGGUGCCAGGUGGUGAUCCGUGCGCUCAGUGCAGGCAAGCCGGUUUCCUGGGAAGAGACUGUCGCCCUGGAUUCUCUACUCCUUGCCAAAGAUAGCCAGGCCAAAGAGGAGCCUUCCCAACGACAACCGCAGAGCAAGAGCUGGGAUAAACUGCUCCACCGCCUGACUGCUGGCUCCGUCAUCCGUGAUAACGAGAAUGUGGCCCAGAAAGAAGCUGAACUGGAACAUGGUUUCUCACGAAGGUUCCGCCUUAAGGCUGUGCAGUCCAGCAAAGCUUUUAACACACCCUCCAUUUAUACGUCCGUGGUGCCUGUGGACUCUUCCACUCAGGAAACGUUGCCCUCCGCCCUUGAGAUUCGCAGCAAAGAGGGCUUAUACAGCUACCAGCAAAGGUCCCGUUCAGUCAGCAGGCGUCAGCGCAGUUACUCAGCAGGUCUCGGACGGAGGCAGGACUCAGAGGACCUGGACGAUGCACCUGUUUCUGCAGAACGAGAAGAGAUUCCUCCUUCUCCUGUUAGCCUAUCCUCUGCCACCCAAGAAAAGCCAAACUAUCCUGAUGGUGUUGAUUCCAGUCCUUCUCCUGUCUCUGUGGGCUCCCAGAAGUCGAUGGAGAACUUUGCAGGCUCCAGAUUCAGCAUCAGCCGGCGACGGGGACAAGGCCUGGCACUGCGCCCACAGUGUCUGAGCCCUGAAAGCGAACUCUCCUCUCGUGAUAGUGCCAUUCAGGACUACCUCCCGUUGGUGCGGCUGCAGGAGGCCCCUGGCAUGUUCCAGCUGACAGAGAGCUUCUCAGACGUUGUGCAGAUCCCACUGGAUCGCUUGCGCAGGGCCUCUCCCUACACCUCCCACCGCGCCAGCCUCAGCCCUGCCUCCAGCACCUCCCCUUGGGUGCUAAUAGCCAAGAGCAGCCCAAAGGCGUCCGCAAACCAGCCUUCCCCAGAUGGCGGUGAAGAGGUGGCUGGGACAAGCAAAGAGGGGGCAGCGGAGCCAGGUUCACCCCACUCCCACAGCACCUGCUCCGACGUGCUGAGUGCGGCCGUGUGGGCACAGGCAGACAGCGGGCGUGGCUCUGAGACAGACGCCUGCGACCAUUCACAUUCAGAUGCCUCCGAAGUGAGCGUCAGCCUGCAGGAGACGGGCCUGGAGCUGGAGGAGGGAGACCUGGAGAGCAUGAGCUGGGCCACCGCUGUAGCACUGGCCUGGCUGGAGCACCGCUGCGCUGGCUUCUUUGUCGAGUGGGAACUGCUGGCAGCCAAGGCUGAUGCCUGGCUGCGGGCACAGCAGCUGCCCGAAGGUGUGGACGUCGCCACCCUUAAAGGAGCGGCACGCCAACUCUUCCUGCUGCUCCGCCACUGGGAUGAGAACAUCAAACUGAACAUGCUGUGUUACAACCCAAAUAAUGUGUGAAGGAGCGAAGAGCAGGCUGGGCCUUCCAACUUUAUGGGUGCCAAUAAAGAGAAUUGGUUUAGAGUCUAUAGUGUCAUAGCUCUGUACGUCUGUACCCGCUGCUUUGUUUUGUUCAGAAUACAUACCAGAAAUUA